CGGCGAAGCGAAGCCUCCGAGCCGCAGGCAGUUCUGGGCAAUGUCUAAAGCUGUCUAAAGGCUGUUUGCAUAGAGGGUUUAUCUGGUUGGUACAUAACACGGAGGUCUUUUCUUAACUCACGCUCAUGACGACAGCCUCAGACGUUUCUAAGAAAGAGAAUCCCUCAUUAUUGGAUGAUACUGCGGAGGAGCUGAAGGAACCUGGUACAAAAACACAGGUAGCAGUCGAAGGUCAGCGAUCUGGGGCAGAUAUUAGUGAGGGUCCGGAUAAGAAGGAGGAAAUAGGAACAGAAGUGGACGAGAAGGAUUGGGACGAUGAUAUAAAACCUACAACAACCUCGCGGACGUGUCAAACCUCCUGUCUCAGGUCCUUCCAAACCAAAACCCAAGUAAAUUCUACGGCGCUACCCCUGCAGGUUUCGAUUACCUCGUAUAAUAUAGUAUUUUCACCGAGUAAUUUCUAUUAUCCUCAUAAAGCAAGGAUCAACAGAUGCAGGUUGCUGAGCGCUCACUAACUAUUUUCUUGCACACCUUUAAGUGUGGCAUUUAUGUAUGACAAAUGGAUCGAUGAAAUCAGGCAGCUUGACUAUGAGGCGUUUUCGUGGAAGAGCUGGAAGCAGGACUCUGGUAUUGCGACUCUGGGCCGCAAU